AUGGCCCUCAUGCAGUUCUGGAGCUCUCUGCUUAUCCUCGGUACUGUCGUUUUCGCAUGGAAGUAUCUGGAGAUUAGGAAGGCUAGGAAUGCCCUGCACAACAUUGCCGGCCCCCCUCCCGCAUCAUUUCUGAAGGGUAGUAUUUCCCAAUUUUUCUCUCGCGACAGCACGGAUUUUCAGCGACGUUUGGCAUUUGACUACGCACCCAUUGCCAAAUUGUAUAGUAUGUUCGGACGGCCAAUGUUGUAUGUCUCUGACCCGAAGGCACUGUAUACGAUCAUGAUCAAGGAUGAGCCUUCAUUCCCAGAGCCGGAUUCAUUCAUUUCGACGAACCACCUGAUAUUCGGACGCGGAUUAGUGGCGACUUUGGGCGAGACACACCGCAAGCAGCGGAAGCUACUUAACCCGGCGUUCUCUAUCAAUCACAUGCGCCACAUUAUCCCGAUCUUCUACAACGUGGCACACAAGCUUCGAAACGGACUCAUGAAGCAAAUUGUAGGCGGGACCGAGGAAGUCGACUUGCUGGAGUGGAUGAGUCGUGCAGCACUUGAAUUAAUCGGUCAGGGUGGCCUUGGAUACUCCUUUGAUCCCCUGGUUGAAGAUACGCACAACGAAUACGGAGAUGCUUUAAGAGCACUGUUCCCCAACCUGGUCAAAAUUCCCAUCAUGCGACUGAUGACUCCAUACCUCAUCAGACUGGGGCCCGCCGCCUUUAGGCGCUUUGUACUUAAAUUCGUGCCGGACGGUGGUGUGCAGAGUCUUAGGUACAUAGCUGAUACCAUGGAUUCACAGUCUCGAGCUAUAUUCGAAAAGAAGAAGGCCGCUCUUCUUCAGGGCGAGGAAGCCGUCUUGCAGCAAGUGGGAGAAGGCAAGGAUAUCAUCAGUAUUCUUAUACGAGCAAAUGCCUCCACCUCUGAGGUUGACAGAUUACCCGAGGACCAAAUCAUCGCUCAGAUGUCAACCCUUGUCUUUGCCGCAACGGAUACAACUUCAAAUACAUUGGCCCGCAUUCUACAAAUAUUGGCAGAAUUCCCUGAUGUGCAGGAGAAGUUGCGUGCUGAGGUGAUAGAUGCACAUGCAGGAGAGUCGUUGACAUACGAUGAACUCGACCAGCUUCCCCUACUUGAUGGCGUGUGCCGCGAGACAUUGCGACUUAAUCCUCCUGGUGUAUUCAUUUCACGCGUCGCAAAUCGUGACACGAUUCUGCCCUUGGCAGAGCCCAUUAUAGGGGUCGACGGCAGCUUGAUCAGUGAGAUUCCUGUAGUCAAGGGAACGGAGGUUAUUAUCGGAAUCCUGGGCUGCAACGCGAGAAAAGACCUUUGGGGCGAAGAUGCACAUGAAUGGAAACCUGAGAGGUGGCUUGCCCCCCUCCCGGAGAAAGUUACAAAGAAUACCAUUCCUGGUGUUUAUGCCAACUUGAUGACGUUCAUUGGUGGCAAGAGAGCGUGCAUCGGCUUCAAAUUCUCUGAAAUGGAGAUGAAGGUUGUCCUAUCUGUUUUGCUCACCAACUUCACCUUCGAGUUGACGGACAAGCCCAUUGUGUGGAACGCUGCAGCUGUACGCUAUCCCACGGUGGGGAGGAUGGACAACAAGCCUCAGAUGCCGCUGAAAGUGCGGUUGUACGAAGGCGCGAAAGUGUGA